AUGCCGACACUCUACGGCUUGACUCUACUGCUAUCGGUCGUUUGGGCUUCCUCGUCUCAGGCCUCCAAUGUCACGUGCGACCCGAAUUACGGACAACUCAGUGCAUCGGGUGACUGCGAGUGCCUCGAUGGCUUCAGUGGUUUAGGCUGUCGUUUGUGUUCAGCUGACGCCGGAACGGACUCUUGCAGUGCACUAGGCGUCGACUAUUCGUGUGUCACGGGGUUCACUUAUGAGUCAACCACAACCACUAAAACGUACGCCUGCACCCUCUCCGCCGACUUGCAAGCUCUCUUCCCGGACGGAGCUCUUGAUGUGACCUGUGACCGUGACGAGCAAGGCACGACCAACUGCACUGCGGCUGUGUACAAAUCCGCCAACACUGUGAACGGAGACCACCUUAUUGAUUGUACCAUGACGGAGUGUUCAUUUGCUUCGGGCAGUGCCAAUGGCGGGUGUGACAUGAUCAACUGUAAGUGCGGUGUCGGGUGCGGUGCAACGACCAAGACGAUCAUUGAGGGAAUAUUCAGCGGCAAACCAGUGAAGGUUGAAGUACAGGAUGGAUCGGACGAGAUGUCAAUCAUUGUAGAAGGCGCGCCGCUUCCCUUGUCCGCCACUUGCAAAGUUUCAGGGUGUGACCAGCUAGGCAGUGCACCGGCGAGUGACAUUGAUACUGCAGCUACUGCUAGUGCUGAUGAUGACUCAAGUCUUACAGGUGGAGCGGUGCUCGCUAUCGUGGCCUGUGCAGUCUUGUCGGUAUCGUUGCUGUUGAGUUGCAUGGCAUUCUGCUGUUCUUUCGCGGGCACGCAUCGAAGCCGACAGGAAGAUGAUCUGGAGACGGAGCUACUAAAGGUCAACUCAAGAUCUGUGGAUACGCUCAAGUUCCGGAACGUCAGCUGCUUCACGGACGGCGAGAAGCAGGCGGCACCCAAGUGCAUUUUGAACAAAAUCUCGGGAAUGGUGUCACGUGGACAAGUGCUUGGUUUGCUGGGACCGAGCGGCUCCGGCAAGACGACCUUGCUCAACGCACUUGCUGCGGUGCGGAACGGACAGUCAAAGGUUUCGGGAGAGCUCUUGGUGGAUGACAACAAGGUGACGAAAGCAUAUCGUCGCGUUGCUGCCUAUGUGCAGCAAGAUGAUACACUGUACUCGACACUGACGGUCCGUGAAUGCAUUACGUACUCAGCUCAACUUCGCCUUCCGUUGUCGAUGACGGAUGCAGCCAAAGACGCCAUGGUCCAGCGUGUUAUUGAAGAGCUGAAUCUUGGUCAUGUUGCAAACUCUCGAAUCGGAGUGGUAGGGGGAAGUAGCUCUGAACGGGGCAUUUCUGGUGGUGAGCGACGGCGGGUUAGCAUUGGAAUGGAGCUGGUUACUUCGCCUCGAAUUCUCAUUCUUGACGAACCUACAUCUGGACUUGACAGCUCGUCUGCCCACUCAGUGGUGAAGCUCAUCAAGGAGUUGGCCAGUCACGAUCGCAUUGUGGUGCUCAGCAUUCAUCAACCGAGUGCACGAUCGUUUUUACUGCUUGAUAAGAUCAUACUGCUUGGAAAGGGUGAGUUGCUGUUCUAUGGAUCCCCUGCGAAUGUCAAGGUAUCCUUCAACGAUCUUGGGUUCAAUUGUCCUGAUGACGACAACAUUGCAGACUUCAUUCUUGAUGUCGCGAGCGACGUGGACAACAUCCAGGUGCUUCAGUCACGCCAAGCUAAUACGGUCUCCGAGAAUGUACCGACAUCAGGCGCGGUGCCUGCCAGCUCACAACAAAGUCACUUGCACAAGGCGGUUCCUUCUCCGACUACAUUGGACAGUCCUCUGUACAAAGCUGAAUCGUCGCCGUGUAUGACGGAGGAAGUGUCCCGCAGUUUAGUCGCCUCGAUUCAAAUGACCACGGUUGAAAUCCGCGUGCUCGUCGUACGCACUGCGCAGAACAUUCUUCGUCACCGCUCGCUGCUAGUCCUGCACGUCGCGCUGAGCUUGGCGUUGGCUCUUUUCGGUGGACUGAUUUUUAAUAACGUCACCGAUGACCUCGCUGGAUUCCAGAACCGCAUGGGCGCCUUCUACUUCACACUGACUUUUUUUGGGUUUGCCAGCAUGAGCUCUAUGGACGUGUUCAUUGGCGAGCGUCAGAUUUUCCUCCGUGAGACUGGAGCCAUGUACUACGGAGCCUUCAGCUACUUCCUCGCCAAGACUACGCUCGACUCGAUAUUUCUUCGCGUUCUCCCUGCUUCGCUCUUUGCGUGCAUCUUUUACUGGAUUAUGGGACUGCAAGCUGCAGCGGACCGCUUCCUUCUAUUCUGGCUUACAGUGGUGCUCUUCAACGUGGCAGCGGGUUCAAUCUGCCUUUUUGUGGGGGUACUGGCAACGCGUGUGGGUUCGGCUAAUCUCGGCGCGACCGUCGUGCUGCUGCUUAUGCUGCUUUUCGGUGGCUUUCUGAUCAACAGCGAGACAAUGCCAGACUCGGUAGGCUGGCUCACGCACCUUUCAAUUUUUGGCUACGCGUUCGAGACUUUGAUGGUGAAUGAGCUCGAGGGGACUACUCUGUCGUUCAACGCACCAGGAUACCCGGCCAUUCCUGUUUACGGGGAAGUGUACCUCAGGACGUUGGGUAUGGACUAUGCUGACCGGUACUAUGACGUCGCAGCACUUGCAGCGAUUGCUUGCGUCCUACAAUUUCUCGCACUCUGUUUCUUGUUGCGACAAGUCCCGUCAAACCACGACAUGAUUCGUUAUGACCAAGAUGGCGAUGCUACGGUCGUUGGACAGAAGGAAGCGGGAUACAAGGCGUGCGGUCUGGAUUAA